GUGGAACUUGCUUCCUCUUCCUAUCCCAACUCUCUUCUCCUUGGCCUAGUGUAGGUGCCUGUUGGGUAAGCAGAGAGUGGGAGUUUCUCGUACCUUCCCAGAGAAGGUCCCUGUAGUCCCUGCCCCAAGCUUCCUAAUUCAGGACUUCAGUUUCCUGCAGAGGAGAAAUAAGACAGGGAACAGGCCUGGCUCUCUGCCUCUCCACGUGCUCAUGGCCUCUCCCAGGCUAACACUAAGCAGUGUCAUGAGUCUGAGCCAGGUGGGAGAGUAAUUCUCAGGGGCACUUCAGGGCUGAGAAGGGGGAGGAAUAACAGGUGAAAGGCUACCAACAAAGAGGGGCAGCUGCAAUCCUUGACAGCACCGUCCUCCUGGGAGAACAUGACAUAGGUGGUCAGGAACCCAGGCUGAAAAAGACAGCCAAGGAGGGGGCUGGGCAGGCCUGGCCUCUGCCAACCCUGGGCUUCACCCAGGCAGGCGCCAGCCUCCCUGGCUCCUCCUCCUCUGCCCUCUGCCCACCCCAUCACACAUGUACUUAGUAUUCCUGACACCCACGUCUACCCACUCUGGACUUUGGCCUUUCCAGUAGCUAGUGUGGCAGCCGGGGAAGACUGGGAGCACAGUCUCUCAGACAAAAGCAAAAGAAGAAGCUGCAGGCAUUGUAGUACCUGCCAACUCUCCCCAAAGGAGGUCACGUGGGUUCCGGCCAUGUGGCUGCCUCUGCUGCUGGGUGCCUUGCUCUGGGCAGUGCUGUGGUUACUCAGGGACCGGCAGAGCCUGCCCGCCAGCGAUGCCUUUGUCUUCAUCACUGGCUGUGACUCGGGCUUCGGGCGCCUUCUGGCGUUGCAGCUGGACCAGAGGGGCUUCCGAGUCCUGGCCAGCUGCCUGACCCCCUCAGGGGCAGAGGACCUACAGCGGGUGGCCUCCUCCCGCCUCCACACCACCCUGCUGGAUGUCACUGAUGCCCAGAGUGUCCAACGGGCAGCCAAGUGGGUGGAGACGCACGUCAGGGAAGCAGGGCUUUUUGGUCUGGUGAAUAAUGCUGGUGUGGCUGGUAUCAUCGGGCCCACACCAUGGCUGACACAGGACGAUUUCCAUCGGGUGCUGAGUGUGAACACGUUGGGUCCCAUCGGGGUCACCCUUGCCCUGCUGCCUCUGCUGCAUCAGGCACGGGGACGGGUGAUCAACAUCACCAGUGUCUUGGGUCGUCUGGCACCCAAUGGUGGGGGCUACUGUGUCUCCAAGUUUGGCCUGGAGGCCUUCUCUGACAGCCUGAGGCGAGACAUGGCUCCUUUUGGGGUACGAGUCUGCAUCGUGGAGCCUGGCUUCUUCCGAACCUCUCUGACCAACCUGGAGAGUUUGGAGAACACCUUGCAGGCCUGCUGGGCACGGCUACCUCCAGCCACACGGGCCCUCUAUGGGGAGGCCUUCCUCACCAAGUACCUGAAAGUGCAGCGGCGCAUCAUGAACCUGAUCUGUAAUCCAGAGCUCACCAAGGUCAGCAAGUGUGUGGAGCAUGCCCUGACUGCUUGUCACCCCCGAACCCGCUACAGCCCAGGCUGGGAUGCCAAGCUGCUCUGGUUGCCCGCCUCCUACCUGCCAGCCUGCCUGGUGGAUGCUGUGCUCACCUGGGUCCUUCCCAAGCCUGCUCAGGCAGUCUACUGAAUCUAGCCUUCCACCAAGAGAUUGUUUUUCAAGGGCAGGGACUUUGAUUUAUUUAUGUCCCUGCCCUGGUAUUGCCUGAUGUCUGGCACAAAAUAGGCACUCAAUAAAAGUGUAUUGUUAAAAAAAAAAGUGCACCGAAAUGAAGGUGCCCAGGGGCAGACUGA